UUUAUGCUAAUGUGGCCAAUCCAUCCGCAAAAUAUCAGGAAAUAUAAAAGUAAAACAGAGUGAAUGCUGUACUGUCAUGAAGUGUGAUAUGUCAACAGUGCCUAACACGAAGUUGCCUUAGUCCAGGACACAGCCGCCCAGGAUGGCUCUGAUCGAGGGCGUGGGCGAUGAGGUCACUCUGCUCUUCGGAGUCGUGUUCCUCUUGCUCAUCCUGGUCCUGGCCUGGGCCUCCACUCACACGGCUGAGCCACCUGAGCACCUCGUCCCAUCCAGCCCAGGCUCCGUCCCCUCGGCAGAACCAGAGAGCCAAGAGACCCACCCCCCUGGUGACACUACCUCUCCACCUCACAGCGCAAGGGAAGAUGAUAAGACUGAGGCAGGAGCUGAGCGAGGAGCUGAGGGACACGGGGGCAGUGCAGAGGCUGCAGGAGAAGAAAGCCUGUUGGGGGCAGACAAUCUGAGACACAGGGGACCUUCACUCAGCACGCAGCCACCAGACAGUGCCUCGAGCGCCGCACAGGCGUCCACUUCUGAAGAUGUGCCCAGUAACACGGAGAGAAACAUGGUACUGAGGCUGAAGUUUCUGAAUGACACAGAGAGAAUAGCACAGGUCAACCCCGAGGACACCAUCGGCUACAUUAAGAGGACCUACUUUGCUGGCCAGGAGCACCAGGUGCGUCUGAUCUACCAGGGUCAGCUCCUCCAGGACGAUGCCCAGACUCUGGCCUCCCUUAACCUCGCCGACAACUGCGUCCUGCACUGCCACAUCUCUCAGCACGCCACGCGGGCGAUGCCUGCAGGUGCUCGCGCCGCCGACCAGGUGCACGUGGCGCUGAACGUGGGCAGUCUGAUGGUGCCGCUGUUCGUGCUCAUGCUCUCCGUGCUCUGGUACUUCCAGUUUCAGUACCGCCAGUUCUUCACUGCUCCUGCCACCGCCUCUCUCGUGGGCAUCACCAUUUUCUUUAGUUUUGUCGCGUUCGGGGUGUACCGCCGUUAAUUCCGAGAGCUUCACCUGAUGCGCAUACGCUUAGCCUGCGUACACACAUACACAUACCAGCACCACUUUACAUUGCUUCUGGGAUCUCUGGACUUUCUCGGGUGUGUCGGAGGCCAUGAUUUCAGAAAGGUCUUAUCUUCUUUACUGUAGUCAGGUCCAUCUUCAAGUUUUAUGCUUGUCACACAGUAAUGUGCUCAAUAUUUAAUUUUUAGUUGGUUUUUUUUUUUUUAUUUAAUAUUUAGAUAUGCUCAUUGUGCCUAUCCUAAUAUUAUUAUUAUUAUUAUUAUUAUUGUUCUUUUUCUCAUUUUUGGCUUUGCAGGCUACCAGUGUGUAACUGGUGCUUGCUUAUGGGAGGGUUUGGUAGUCACAUGACUGUUCAAACUUUCAGGCAGGUUUACCUGUCUCUUGUCUGUCUGUCUCUCACUGUUAUGGAGUAGAGCAGACCGCGCUGCUGAUGUAUGUCUGGACUAUUGAAGUACUUUGUGUAAAAAGAAGAGGAAAAAAAAAAACCCGACGGAUUUUGAAACGAAAACAUAAUCUAUUAAAUCAUUUCUUUUAUUUA